CUGCGUGGUGGCAGGGCCCGCAUGGAUCUGCCGUUCCAGCACAGUGAGGCGAAGGGCUUCGUCUCCAGUGCCGAGCUGAGCAUGAAGCAAACAGCAGCACCCGGACCCGAGAGCCGAUCCCGGUUCCAGAAAGUCUCACUGGUGUCACGACGGCUGGAGCACAUGGCAGGAGGGGGGGGCCGGGAUGGCAGCCCCUCCCGCGUCUCCCUGCUGCUGCAGGCCUGGGAGAGGGAGAUCGUGGAGAAGACGGCGUCGGGGCCGAGCGCGGUGACGCAGCGCAGCUGUUCGUCCUCUGUCAGCAUCCUGAAGGACUUUGCAGCGCACGGCCCCAUUUUCUCACAGGUCUUCUCGCCACGGCGGCGGGAGGAGAAGCGGGAGGAUGACACAGUGCCUGCGCCCAGAGAUGUCCCUGUGCACCGUGAGAGCUACAUGCAUGGCGUGCUGCUCCCCACUGCGCCCCGCUGCCAGCGCUCAACACGUGACCCCAAGCCCAGGGCCAGGCAUGUCACUGUGCUGCGGGAGGGCAGGGAGGCGGAGGAGGGCAGGAAAACCCAAAAUGGAGUGUGCAAAGCCACCACUGUGCCCCCAUCGCAUCAGAAAGGCUGUAAGCCGGAUGGUGGUGGCAUCACCAAGAUCACAGCACGUGGCAAAAGCUCACUGAACACCCUGGAUACCAGGGAAUCCUCCAGGGAGAAAUGUCCAAAGCCAAAUGAAUCCAUGUCCGAUGCAAUGCCAAGAGGCAGAGACAAACCCCAGGACCUGCAAACCAGUACAGCCAGUGCCCAGUGUCCUCUGACAGAUCAGUCUGGAGCCAGAGAAGGAGGUGCAGUGCAUAGGGAUGGCUCUAUUUCAGCCAUACAGCCCAGGACAGAGAGCUCUGAGGAAACUGGUGGCACCUCCAAAAACAUCUCCAAGGAAGCAAGUGAUGGACCUGAGCUGUUACAUGGAGCACGAGCAUCUCCAAAAGACACAGAAGUUGAAAUGAAGGAGGGUGAGAUGGUGAAGAAUCAUGAGGGUGUGGCCCAGAGCAUCCCUGAGCCUCCUAUGGAGAGCACUGCAGAGCCCCAGCCUGAGAACACUGCAAAGCCCCAGCCUGAGAGUGUCCCAAAGCCUCAACCUGAGAGCAUCCCAAAACCCCAACCUGAUAGUGUCCCCAAAUGCCAAUUUGAUAGUGUCCCAAAACUUCAACCUGAGGGUGUUCCAGAACUUCAACCUGAGGGUGUCCCAAAACUGCAAAGUGAGAGUAUCUCAAAGCCUCAACCUGAGAGUGCCCCAAAACUUCAAUCUGAGGGUGUCCCAAAACCUCAACCUGAGAGUGUCCCCAAACCCCAACCUGACAGCACCCCAAAAUCUCAACCUGAGAGUUCCCCAAAACUUCAAUCUGAGGGUGACCCAAAACCCCAACCAGAGGGGGUCCCCAAACCCCAAUUUGAGAGCACCCCAAAACCUCAACCUGAGAGUGUCCCCAAACCUCAAUCUAAGAGCAUCUCAAAGCCCCAAAGUGAGAGCAUCCCGGAGACCUCCCAUGAGUCCCCAGCUCCACCAUCAGAGAGUCCCCCAGAUGCAUCCGAGGAGGAUCCUGAGCUGGUGGUGGACAUGGAAAUCUUCGUGGACACGCUGCGCAACAUGGAGCCCUCAGAGAUACGGAAGGCACCCAAGGUUCCGCGCCAGCCCCGGCCCUCAGCACUGGGUCGCUGCACAGCACUGCCACCCAUCCAUGAGGACCGCGUGGCCCCACGCACCCACAUCUCACUGCCUGUUGCCCUGCAGGAGCUGCUGGCAUGGGGAGGGGGGGGACAACGAGCUGAGACCCCCCCAGAGGGCACUGAGAGCCACGAUGAGGAGGAGGAGAUUGAGAACCCCUACCUGAGCCCUGGGGAGAAGACACUGAGGAAGGCUCAGAAUGGCAAUGGGGAACUGGGUUCGCUCCUGGGGGGGCCGAUGCAGGGCAGGGCCACGGGUGAGCGCAGUAUUCUGUUCCGAGGGAAUGUCCUCAAAGGGAUGGCACUGCUCUCUGACUUCCUGGAGCACCGUGCAGCUGCAGCAGAUGAGGCCAAGCCCUACUCACGCCUGGACAACAGCAUGCUUUACAGCCGCUUCGUGUCCUCCGCCAGCACCCACAAUGGGGUCUCCAAUGGUAUAGGUGCUGGUGACCAGCCCAGCACUGAGCUGGAAGCACUGAGUCAUGACCACAACCCUUCUGUUCCUGAAGAGCCAGCGAGUGCCGGAGCCCCAUACCCCACUGACAUCCCGCAGGAUGACAAGGAGGGCUCUGUGAAGAUAAACGCCAGACCCGGAAAGAUCAUCCUCUUCUCUGAGGCUGGCUUCGCAGGGCACAGACGGGAGAUCUGGGGUGAUGUCCCCGACGCUACAUCUUGGGAGCUGUCACACAAAAUCUCCAUCAGGGUCAUCCGUGGAGGGUGGGUGAUGUAUGAAAAACCACGGUUCCAUGGACGCAAGUGUGUGCUGGCAGAGGGGGAUGUGGAGAUUGACAACCCCUGGAUAGUGUAUGGGCAGAGCGAUGAGUCGCGUGGCAGUCGGCCCUUCCGCAUCGGCUCCUUCAAGAGGGUGGUGAAGGAUUACUGCACGCCUGAGAUCAGCCUGUUUGCUGAGGAAAACGGAGAAGGCGCCAGACUGCAGUUCAGCGACUCGGCCGAGGAUACCCGCGUGCAGGGGCAGCCACUCACUGCUUCCUCCAUCAUUGUGCACUCGGGACUGUGGCUGGUUUACUCCAAGCCCUUCUUUGAUGAUGACCCCUAUGUCCUGGAGCCAGGCGGGUACCCCAACCUGAAGGCCUGGGGAGCGAAGGAUCCAUCCAUCUGCUCCAUGCAUCCCAUCAGGCUGGGCUGCCCGGUGGUGGAGCGUCCUGGCGAGCCGCAGGUGCUGAUCUAUGAGGACAGGGACUUCCAGGGACACAGCUCCAUCAUCAGCCGGGAUGUCUACGACCUGAAGCGCCUGCCCGAACUGCCGCUGCCCACCGUGGGCUCAAUGCGUGUCCUGGGUGGCUGCUGGGUCGGCUAUGAGAAGGAGGGCUUCCGUGGCCACCAGUACCUGUUGGAAGAAGGAGAGUACCAGGACUGGCGGCAGUGGGGUGGCUAUGGCAAGGAGCUGAUGUCCUUACGGCUCAUACGGACGGAUUUCUCUGACCCAGCACUGGUGCUCUUCGAGGCCAUGGACUUUGAGGAGGGUCCCAGCGUGGAGCUGAGUGAGGCACUGCCCGAUACACAGCUGGCUGGCUAUGGCACCGUCACACAGUCCAUCCAUGUGCUGAGUGGUGUGUGGGUGGCCUACGAGGGCCCCAACUUUUCGGGAGAGCAAUACAUCCUGGAGAAGGGAGUGUAUCGCAACUUUGAGGACUGGGGAGCCACCAACUGCCGCAUUGCCUCGGCACAGCCCAUCCUGCAGGUUAGGGAACACAACCUGCACUUCGUCUCCAAGAUCCUGCUCUUCUCGGAGCCUGACUUCCUGGGGGAGCACCUUGCCUUUGAGGACGAGCAGAGUGCCCUGCCUGACAGCUUUGUGCCCCGCUCCUGCAGGGUUCGUGGGGGCAGCUGGAUCCUGUUUGACAGCCAGGCCUUCACUGGGCAGCAGCAUGUGCUGUCCGAGGGUGAGUACCCCACGUUGGGUGCCAUGGGCUGCCUCUCCUCCACCACCAUCCGCUCCUUGAAGAAGGUCCCAGUGUUCUUCUCAGAGCCCUCCAUCUUCCUGCACGGCCUGGAGUGUUUCGAGGGGAAGGAGAUCGAGUUGAACAGUGAAGUGCGGAGUCUCCAGGCAGAGGGUUUCAACAACCAUGUGCUGUCAGUGCGUGUCAAAGGUGGCAUCUGGGUGCUAUGUGAGCACGGUGACUUCCGAGGCCGCCAGUGGCUGCUGGAGUGCACUGAGAUCACCAACUGGCUGACCUACAGCGGGCUGCAGCACGUGGGGUCCCUCUACCCCAUCCGCCAGAGACGGAUCUAUUUCCGCAUCAGGAGCAAGGAGCUGCAGCUCUACCUGUCUGUCCCUGAUGAUGUGGAGGACAUGAAAGCAGGGCGCGUGGUGGUCUCCAGCCUGAGCGAGCAGAGCAGCUCUGUAUGGUACUACGAGGAUGGGCUGCUGAAAAACCAGGUUGCCCCCGCCAUGAGCCUGCAGGUCAUCGGGCCAGCUGGGAAGGGAGCAAAGGCGGUGCUGUGGUCCGAAACCCGGAUGCCAUGUCAGACCUGGAGCAUCAAUUCUCAGGGACGGAUUCACAGCCAGAUGUUUGAGGAUAUGAUUCUCGAUGUAAAAGGCGGCCGAUCAUACGACCGGGACCAUGCCAUCAUUUGGGAGGUAGCUGAAGAACGCCCCACACAGAUCUGGGAGAUACAGGUGCUAUGAGCAGGGAGCAUGUGGCCCUGGUGCCAGCAAGUGUAACAGGGAAGGACAGGAACACCCUGCAGUGGUGGGAGCUGCCUCCUGCCCCGCUGCCUGCGAGCAGCUGCCAUGAAGGAUGCCAUGACCACCCCCAUUGCCCAACU